AUGGCCGCCACCGACUUUGAUGACACCGUCUCUCUCGGCGGCCUCUCGAGCGUGGGCGGCGGCGGCGGCCGGCUGCAGGGGAGCACGCUCGAGGCCCGGACGCGGUCGUUGCUGCUGGCCAAUGCCGAGCGGCUCAUCGACACCAUCGCCCGCGACGCCCUCGAUGCCGCCGACGUCUGGAAGACGGUGGCCUUCACGCUGCUCGACAGGCUGUGCGCGCUCGAGGCCCCGCCGGCCUCAUCGUCGGGCUCGCGCAGCAGCCGCGGCGCGUCCAAGGCGCUGCAGCUGAUGCGUCGCCGCGGCUACCUCAAGAGCUUCGUCACCAGCCUCCACAACAGCGACACCGCGCUUCAGGACACGCUGUGCCCCGACCCGGAGAGCCUGAACGCGCUCUACGUCUACGAGUCUCGCCUCGCCUUCUUCAACCGCAUCGCCCAGACGCGCGAGGGCGCCGAGAGCCUUCUCGAUGCUGGCGUGUUUGACGUGCUGGCCCAGGCCGACUUCCUGGCGGCCCGGCCGGAGCACAACAAGGACUAUGCCGAUUACGAGAGCUUCCUGCCGGCCGCCACCGAGAGGUACCACGCCCUCGUCACGCCGGCGCUGCAGCUGGCCGCCAGCAUCCUCGCCAGCACCGCGGCCGGCACCGGGUCCAACGCCUUCCAGGGCGCGUUUGGCAGCACCAAGGCGAUUGCGCCAUCCUCUGCGCACGCCGCCCCGCGUCAGGCCGUGAGCCUUCUGACGGCCCAUCGCGAGGCAUUCAUCGCCAUCCUCCGGGCGCCGCUGCAGGAGUGCGUCUCGGUGGCCGAGCUGGACCAGGCGCAGCUGCUCGUCUCGCUCUUCGUCUUUGUCAUGCCCACCCUCGACGACGACGCGCUGCAGCCGCCCAACAUGCUGGCGUCCUUCCACUCGGCCAUCCUCGCGCUGGCUGCGCCGUACCUGCAGGCCACGCCGUGGAAGUCGCGCGUAGUCCCCCUCAACGACGCCGAGCGCGACGAGGCGAGGACGCCGGCAUUCUUUGGUCGAGCCGCGAGGUGGGCCGGCGAGGGCACCGGCGACGAUGAGACAGCCUUCGAGGCGCGCGCCUCUGGCGUCGUCGGCCGCGCCCAGCGUGCGCUGCUCUCGUACCUCGAGGCGGCGAGCAACUCGCGCGGCAACGAGACUCGCACGCGGCUGGUGCUGAUCCCGUCGAUGGCGGCGCAGCGCGAGCGCGCCAAGACGCCGUUUGACGAGGCUGGCCGCGCAUCGUCGGUCCGCGACGAGCUCGACGGCGGGUACGGCGGCCGCCAGCCGUACCCUCGCGCCGCUUCGACGGCGGCGGUACCGAGCCUGGGCACGGCCGUCGCUGCGCUCGACGAGCACGUUGGCAGCGUCGCAAAGGAUCUGCAGGCGCUCGAAAACGCCGAGGGCCUGCUCGACAACGCCGACGGAGUCCGCAUGGACGAGUGGGACGAGAUUGCUCGCGAUGCGCUCAAGGUGAUCGACCUGCCCACCGAUCUGAGCCCGGGCCAGAGGAAGAGCAUCGCGAUCCGAGAGGUGCGCGAUCGCAAGGCGGCGCUGCGAGCCUCGACGACGGCCAAGCUCGAUGCCAUCGAGAUCCUGCUCGUGCUCCUGGUCCGACACGUCGACCUGUUCCUCAGCCUUGCCGCGCAGGCAGGCUCCAACGGCAGCACGCCGCUCUCGUCUUCGCUCUUGGGCACCUCGACGGCCUCGGGCCUUCUGCGAGCCUCUUCGCUGCGCCCGCGCUCCGAGACGCCCGGUGGCCCGUCGGCGUCAGCCCAGGACCGCACCACGCUCGCCAAGGAGGCAUCGGCCAUCAUUGUUCCGGUCCUCGAGGAAAAGAUCGGAUACCUCACCUUGUCGCCAAAAGCGGUGCCCAACGCCCGCGAGAGGCAGUCGUUCCUCCAGAUGGCCGGGAGGAGGCUCGCCUCAUUGCUCCUCGACGAGUGA